UUGUGCUUCACACUCUGCAAUCUCACACAAAUUCUCUUUGUUCAAGGGGACAGAUCACUGAACUUUAUCACGGAUCUUGGAUUGUUAUAAAGGCAUGGAUUUCCAGACCUUUCCGCAAAAGAUUCCAUGCAGCGCUCAGAAAGCCAAUGCAUGGAUCCUGUUACUCUGGAGAUACUGACUCUAUCUAACAAGGAUUUUGAUUGCAUUGCACACAACAGAUUUUGGUUGUGCAUGAAUCCUAGUGUGUUGCACUGGACGGGAGACUAAAUCCUUGCACUGAUCUUGAUAUUGGCGUUGGGGACCAAGGAGUGAACAUGACAGCUGCACUUUGUUUUGGGUCUAUCUCUGGUAUGAGAGCUUUGUGGGAAGGCAGGAUCCAGAAGCAUCAAGAGGAGCUAAAAGCAGAGCAAGAGCAAAGAAAAAAGGUGGCAGUGGGAGAAAUAUCUCACCUGUGGGAAAACCGUGUUCAAUUGUCCAAAUUGAAGGAGAAGGUUUGUAACGAAGAUGGAAGAUUAAUUCUAAGGAUUGAAAAGGAAGAGUGGAAGACACUACCAGCUUGUUUAGUGAAGAUCCAGCAGCUCCAAGAGUGGCAAAUACACCGCACAGGACUGACCAUCAUACCCACAUUCAUUGCAAACUUUACUAACUUACUUGUCCUAGAUUUAUCACGAAAUCAAAUAAGUACAAUACCACGAGAGAUUGGAAGGCUGACUAAGCUCCGGGAGCUCCUGCUCAGUUAUAACCGUAUCUCAAAGGUUCCCGUGGAGCUGGGUUCCUGUGAGAGUUUGGAAAGGCUGGACCUUGCAGUGAACAGAGAUAUAUCUGAGCUCCCAUCACAGCUUAGUUCCCUCAAACACCUCUUUCACCUGGACUUGAAUAUGAAUCAGUUCAUCAGCAUCCCAAGUGUGGUGCUGGAGCUCCCAGCUCUGGAGUGGUUGGACAUGGGCAGUAACAAGUUGCAAGAACUGCCCCCAAACAUAGACAGAAUGCAGAGUUUACAGGCGCUAUGGCUUCAGAGAAAUGAGAUUUCCCAGCUCCCAGACUCAAUUGCUGGCCUCAGGAACCUCAGCACAUUGGUUCUAAGCAACAACAAGAUGAGAGGAAUCCCACCGUGCCUGCAGAGACUACAAAACCUCAGGUUUGUCAACUUCAGAGAUAACCCUCUGGAGCUUGAAGUGAUUCUGUCACCAUGUGAAGAAGAAGCGGAAGAUGAGAGGGAAUUAUUUGGGCUGCAAUUUAUGAACAAAUAUAUAGAAAUGUCCCUGAGCUCUGGUGAUACAGGACACCCAGAUGCUGCCCAAGUAGGACAAAGCUGAGAACCUGAAUUUAUAAAAAGAUUUUGAGAACGUAGUGAUGCUUGACUGAGCCGGUUAUCCAGGAAAACAUCUCCGGGCCACUUUGACAAGAAGAAGACACAUUGGCGUUGGACAAAUCUUAUCAAGAUUACAUGAUAUUUUCCAUUAUGUUAAAGUACCUUGUGAUGUAAUCUAUG